UUCCAUUCUCUGGAAGGGAACACCGGAGUUGAACUCUUCCUGAGCUCAAAGUCCUGCACCGGAAUAAUAAGUGGAAUUUUUCAGUGGAUUAUCUCUGCUGGAUUUCUUGAUUAUUUUUUUUAGUCAUGGCAAACUCGUGUCUGCAGCUCUUCGGCUUCCUGUGCAGCUGCCUGGGCUGGUUGGGCAUGGUUGUAGCUACCGCCACCAACGACUGGGUGGUCCUCUGCAAGUACGGCCUGAACACCUGCAAGAAGAUGGACAACCUGGGGGCCAAGGGGCCGUGGGCCGAGUGCAUCAUCUCCACUGGACUCUACCACUGCUCCACCUUCACGCAGAUACUGGAGCUGCCUGCCUACAUCCAGACGACACGUGCACUAAUGAUCACGGGUUCGAUCCUGGGCCUGCCCGCCAUGGGGCUGCUACUCAUGUCCAUGCCGUGCAUCCGCAUCGGCAACGAGCCUCAGACUUCCAAGAACAAGCGAGCCGUCGUGGGCGGCGUCCUCACGCUCGUCGUUGCGCUAUGUGGGGCGGUGUCCACCGUGUGGUUCCCCAUCGGGGUCCACUGGGAGGAGAACCUGAUGUCCUUCGGCUUCUCGCUCUACGCCGGCUGGGCGGGUGUCAUCUGUUCCUUCCUGGGCGGCUGCCUGCUCACCUGCUGCUCCUCAGACUCCGCCUCCUCCCACCCGUACCGGGACAACAGCCACUACUACUAUUCCAAGUCGGGCAACGCGCCGGGCGCCCCCGCGGCCGCCGCCUCGUCUGCCAACCACGCCAAGAGCGCCCACGUCUGACGACGACGACGACGUCCGAGACUUCGACACAAACCCGAGGUGGGAGUCGCCCUCCACUGUCAGCCAUGUUGGUUGGAUCUUUUGGGGGCGUGGCCUGUGGACUGUGGAUCAUCACGUUACGCGUUUUUGUUUGAUUAAUUAAUUAAUUCUUAUUGUUGAAUUGUUGGUGUUUUUAACUAGAAAUUGUGUGGAUGCUGAUCGCCCCCUAGUGGCUGGGAGUUGCAUAUACAAUUACAAUAAAAUGUUAAGACGCUAGUAUACCCCCUAGUGGCUGGGAGUUGUAUAUACAAUUACAAUAAAACGUUGUUAAGACGCUAUUAUACCCCCUAGUGGCUGGGAGUUGUAUAUACAAUUACAAUAAAACGUUGUUAAGACGCUAGUAUACCCCCUAGUGGCUAUGAGUUGUAUAUACAAUUACAAUAAAACGUUGUUAAGACGCUAGUAUACCCCCUAGUGGCUGGGAGUUGUAUAUACAAUUACAAUAAAACGUUGUUAAGACGCUAUUAUACCCCCUAGUGGCUGGGAGUUGUAUAUACAAUUACAAUAAAACGUUGUUAAGACGCUAUUAUACCCCCUAGUGGCUAUGAGUUGUAUAUACAAUUACAAUAAAACGUUGUUAAGACGCUAGUAUACCCCCUAGUGGCUAUGAGUUGUAUAUACAAUUACAAUAAAACGUUGUUAAGACGCUAGUAUACCCCCUAGUGGCUGUGAGUUGUAUAAACUAUUACAAUAAAAAUUUUAAAUGCUUAGUUAAAGCGUUAAAACUCUAGUACACCCCCUAGUGGCAGUGUGUGGAAAUUCGCCUGGAUGUGAUCGGACGCGGACGUUUCGUAAACGCUAUCAUCCAACGGCGAUGCCAUGACAUGUUUUAUUUUUUUUUAUGACAUAUUAUCUUUUUUUUUUUUUAAAUCAAAGUAAGGUAGCCUAUUUUGGUGUUGGCUAUGCCGAUUUGUAAAGACGGAAUCUGAUUGGAUAUUUUUGUUUUUUCCGAUCUAUAAUCUCUCACCUUUGCGGUUACCGAAAAUGUCGGAAAAAUCAUUUCAAACGAAAAAAUAUUGUUUUUGGCGUAGAUGACAAGCAAGGGUUAAAAAAAAAAAAAGGGAGCUAGCCUAUUUUGUUUUGGACUUUUCGCCAACCUAAUUUUCUAAAAAAAUUACUUAUUUCUCAUGUUAAAAUAAUUUAAAAAAAUAAUGUAUUUUUUUCUUUAAUAUUUCAACACUACGCAUUUUUAAAUGACUUUUUUUUACCUUGUAAUAUUACAAGUUUUAAUAUUUUGACUAUAUUUUGUAAAAUGACUAAAAAUGUUUCCAUCUUUAGCGCUGUAGCUUUCUUGAUAUUAAAUAAUAUUUUUACAAUGUAAUAUUUACAAUAAAUUUUUACAAUAAAAAAACAGUAGUAUUCCGCAAAUGGCCCCCGGGCCGCCCUUUGGACACCCCUCCGUUAAGGUCAUACAGUACCAACAUUGUGUAAUAUAUAAGUGUUUAAACAAAUAAGCUAACCAUCCCAAACAAUUUGAGUCAAAUUUCCUUGCUAGCUAGCAUCCUGAAAAAAAAACGGAUUUUAUUUUUGAAUCUGUUACGCUAAAAAUGAAGUGUGAUAAAAAUGUAAGUGUAAAUAUUUAUGUAAUUGUGAUAAUACUAACUUCCUUAAAUGUGAUUUUUACCACCAUGUUAUUUUUUUGUUAUUUUUUAUUUUUUUUUUUCCACUUAAGAGUUCCAUAAAGCGUCACGUUGUUAUCAA